UAGGCUAAGACCAGAGAGAGAGAGAAUGGCGUCACAGAGGUGUUACAGUCUUGGCCUCGAUAUAAAAAGGGUUCAUCCUUUCUCUCACUUUCGUUCAUUCAGGUUCUCUUCAUCGCCAUUGAAAUCGCGACCCCAAGCUCUCCCCCUCAAAUCUAACCUGCGCUUUCAUAAAUCUUCUGGUCUCGGAUUCCACAUACAUUGUUCGUCUUCUCGAGGUUUCAGUUUCUCAGCAGAUAAGAAAAGCAACGUCACCUCACCUUUCAAGGGACCGUACAGAGAGGAGGAGGAGGAAGGAGAAGAAACAACGAUGACGAUUAAACCGGCGGUUCGAAUCGCCGAGGGGAAGUUGGUUAUCAAGGACAGGACGAUCCUAACCGGUAUACCGGAAAACGUCAUCACGACGUCAGCAUCAGAGGCCGGUCCGGUCGAGGGAGUCUUCGUCGGGGCGGUUUUCGAUAACCAAGAAAGCCGUCACGUCGUACCGGUCGGUACGCUCCGAGACGCCCGGUUUAUGGCAUGUUUCCGGUUUAAGCUCUGGUGGAUGGCCCAGAAGAUGGGAGAUCGCGGCGGCGAGAUCCCAGUCGAGACUCAGUUCCUAUUGGUGGAGAGCAAAGAUGGGUCCCACCUUGAACCUGACGGCGUUAACAACGACGAGGCAAACCGAAUCGUUUACACCGUUUUCUUGCCGUUAAUCGAAGGCCCGUUCCGUUCAUCCCUUCAGGGCAACGCCAACGACGAGUUGGAGCUAUGCCUCGAGAGUGGAGACUCGGACGUUAAAACGUCGUCGUUCACCCACGCGCUGUACAUCCACGCCAGCACGGAUCCGUUCCAGGCGAUAACUGAGGCUAUACGCGCCGUUAAGUCCCACCUUAAGACGUUUCGUCAACGUCACGAGAAGAAACUCCCAGGAAUCGUUGACUUUUUCGGUUGGUGCACUUGGGACGCGUUCUAUCAGGAGGUGACUCAGGAAGGGGUCGAGGAUGGACUUGCUUCACUCGCCGCCGGCGGAACGCCGCCGAAGUUCGUCAUCAUCGACGAUGGCUGGCAAUCUGUGGAAAGCGACCCAAACGAGAACAAUUUCUUGGAUGACAAGAAAGGUCAACCGUCGGUUCCCAGGUUAACAGGGAUCAAAGAAAAUCAGAAAUUUCAGAAGAAGGAUGACCCGAGUGUCGGAAUCAAGAACAUCGUCAAUAUCGCGAAGCAGAAACACGGGCUUAAAUACGUAUACGUAUGGCAUGCUAUAACCGGGUACUGGGGCGGGGUCAGACCCGGGGUGAAGGAGAUGGAGGAAUACGGUUCUCUGAUGAAGUAUCCGAUGGUUUCAAGAGGCGUGGUGGAGAACGAACCGACCUGGAAAACCGACGCAAUGGCGGUUCAAGGAUUAGGGUUAGUAAAUCCGAAGAAUGUGCACAGAUUCUUCAACGAGCUCCAUAGUUACUUAGCUUCUGCUGGUGUGGAUGGCGUGAAAGUGGACGUUCAGUGUAUACUGGAGACUUUAGGCGCCGGUUUAGGUGGUCGGGUUGAAUUAACUCGUCAGUACCAUCAAGCCCUCGACGCCUCCGUGGCUCAGAACUUCCCCGACAAUGGCUGCAUCGCGUGUAUGAGCCACAACACUGAUGCUCUCUACUGUUCCAAACAGACAGCCGUUGUAAGAGCCUCGGACGAUUUCUAUCCACGUGAUCCAGUGUCCCACACGAUCCAUAUAGCCGCCGUUGCGUACAACAGUGUGUUCUUGGGAGAGUUCAUGCAACCGGACUGGGACAUGUUCCAUUCCGUACACCCUGCUGCUGAGUACCAUGCUUCUGCUCGGGCCAUUAGUGGCGGUCCUGUCUACGUCAGUGAUGCUCCUGGAAAGCAUAACUUCGAGCUUCUGAAGAAGCUUGUACUGCCGGAUGGAUCGAUCCUUCGUGCCCGACUGCCCGGUCGCCCGACCCGUGACUGCUUGUUCUCUGAUCCUGCCCGUGACGGUAUCAGCUUGCUUAAGAUAUGGAACAUGAACAAGUACACCGGAGUUUUGGGCGUAUACAACUGCCAAGGCGCGGCCUGGAGCAGCGCCGAGAGGAAGAACACCUUCCACGAGACGAAAACCGAUUGCAUCACGGGUUACAUCCGAGGACGAGACGUGCACUUAAUAGGCGAUUCCUCUACCGAUCCUGCGACCUGGAACGGGGAUUGCGCAGUCUACGGCCAUAGCAAAGGCGAACUAGGAAUCCUGCCUUUCAACGCGUCGUUUCCGAUCUCUCUCCGGGUGCGUGAGCACGAGAUUUUCACUGUCACGCCCAUUAGAGUUUUGUCAGAUGCUGUAUCCUUCGCCCCCCUUGGUCUGGUGAGCAUGUUCAACUCAGGAGGCGCCAUUGAAGGGCUGAGAUACGAAACGGAGAAGAUGAGAGUAGUAAUGGAAGUAAAAGGGUGCGGAAAAUUCGGUGCGUAUUCGUCGGUUAAGCCUAAGAGAUGCAUCGUCGAGUCGAACGAGGUUGGAUUCGAGUACGAUCCUUCGUCUGGGUUGGUCGCUUUCGCGUUGGAUCAUAUGCCCUCGGAGGAGAAGAGAGUUCACGUUAUCGAACUCGAGUUAUGAACCCCAGUUCUCAAUCCUUGCUGUAAGCUUUGAUUCGAACGAAACCAUGAACUGGAUCGAUCUGAGAUGUUCUUCGCAUAUUUGUCUAUUUUAGAUCAUCAGUGUCUCUGGUUCCUGUUCGCUGUA